CCAUUUUGGUUCAAGCCAGCCCCGCGCGGUUUCUUGGGUCUGCCUCUGGCGUUAGCCAAACGGCGGGCCCUUCGCUCGGGCGCAGCCAUGGCGACGGGAGGGUGUGGAGUUGCACGCCCAUUUCGCCGCAGCCCCGAGGACCGCAAGGCAGGGAAGCUGUGGGCUAGGCAGUCUGCCGAUCGUGCGAUCAUCAAGCUCUCCGACGAGCUCAGGCGGGUGCAGGCGGACUUCGAGGCGAUCAUUUGCGGCCUCACCACCAUCUUCGGGUGCGCGGAGCUGGCCGAUCGCAUCGUCGCGCUGGCGCCGGCCUUGGGGGAGAAGCUAGCAGGGCGCAUGCCGUCUGCGGCGCAAGCUGUGAGAAGGAACGUUGCCCUGCAUUCCGACGCUCGCGGUGUACGAGUGUCGACUGCGCCGAUCGAGCAGUUGCGGCGCCUGCAGAAAUAUGGAGCCAGGCUGGAGGCCCGUGCGGAGGCAGAGUGCUUCACGUUCAACGCGGACGCUGCGGAGCUCUUCCGUUGUGGCUCGCUCGGCACGUGCUUGGAAUGUUUGCCGCUGCCUGGUGUGCUUGGCUAUUCGGAGUCGGGGUCGUUCGAGGCCGUCGAGGGUUCCUCCGUGGCUUGCGCUGGUGACGGCGGCGGUGAGCAUGAUGUCGGCCCUGCUGGUGACGUGCCGUCUAAGGUGAUCACCCCCGAGUUCUUCGCAGCCGGUCGCAAGUCGUCUUCUACUUCGGCGCCAUCGCUGGGCCUCUGUCCUGUCGAAGGGCUGCGCCAGGGAGGUGGGGUUCCUGUUCGUGCUGUUCUUCCUGGGGAGCCGCUUCGUGCUGAUAGUCUUCCGGAUCUGCUGGCGGGCCCAGGACCUGCGGCGGAGGGGGGCUGUUGCAGCACCUUGGACGAGCUCCUGGAGGCAGAGGUGUUGAAGUAUGAGGAGCUGGAGGCCGCACGUGCUUCGCCUAGGGCCCUGGGGGCCGGCUCGGCCGAGCUCGACUACCAGGAGGUGGGCGCUGCCGACGCUGAAGCUGAAGUGGAUACGGCCUGCUCGGUGUCGGAGGCGGCGCCACAGGCCAGCACUGCGGUUCUGGCGUACCUGCACGCUCACCCUGCGGCGCUCCUCUCGGGAGGCGGCGGGGCCCUCGAGGCUCCUGUGGCUGGCGGUUCUGGUCCUGGCGCUGGUUUCGAGGGCAGCCGCGCCCGCAGGAAGCGGGGUGCAAGCAUGGGGCGGCGCGCCCGUCGCGUCCGCUUCGACCUGCGUCCCGUCGUCAUCGGCACGGCCUUCGAGGAGGGUGCCGAGGCCCAGGUGCAGGACGGUUAGCCGUGCGUGCGGACGCUAAUUCCGUUUGCUCCGUGCAUUCGCAUUUCUUGUAUUUGAAUGUGUACGUGAGCUUGCAACACUUUGCUGUUGUCUCUGUUGCCUCGAGGUCUGUGAGUGCAGCUUCGCUGCUUCUGCAUGCCUCUCGGCACCGCCCGCCCUCGUGGCCCUGGGGCCUAGGCGCCCCCGUUGGCCCUGGCGGCCUGCCCUCGGGGAGGCCCGAAGCGGCCCCUCGUGAGGGUGUGCUGGAGGUUGGCCCGAAGCGGCCCCUCGCGCGUCUGGCGCUUCGCGCCCCCCCCUGCGGUGGCCCCUUUCGGGCCCCCAGGGCUGGCCCUUGAGGCCCUGGGGCCUAUGGGCUCCGUGGGCCUCGGGCUUCCUUUUGCCUUCAUAGGCCCCGCACGACACCCGUGCUCCUGAGGCGUCUACGGUGCUCUUUUGGGGUCUGCCGUACUCAUUUGGGGUCUGCCGUGCUCCUGUGGUCGGCCGUGCUCAUUUGGGGUCUGCCGCGCGCCUGUGAGAUCUGCCGUGCUCCUGUUGGGGAAACGCCAGCGGCGUUCGGGGUACAACAAAAAGGCGCGUUUAUGUUGUACCCGCGCGCGGUCUGCCGUGCUCCUGUGGGUUCCGCCGUGCUCCUGUGGCGUCUGCCGUGCUCCUGUGGCGUCUGCCGGGCUCCUGUGUGGUCUGCCGUGCUCCUUUGUGGUC